CAUAAACAAUGGCAGCUGUCGCCAGUCCAUGAUUCUUCAUUUCCAAUUCCCUCCCAAAGCCAAAAACCUAAUACUAAUAGUACCACACAACAGCACUACCCCACACUCCCACUCCACUCCAUUCCACACCCCUCUCUCUAUCUAUCUAUAACUCUCUCUCUCAGUACCCCCACCUCCCACUCCUCCUCCUCCUCCUCCUCCACCCCUUCAACAUGUUCAUUCAUCUUGUAUUCAUCAUUUUUGCUUCUUUUCUUCUUCUAGCUCACUCUAUCAUUGACUCUAAUCACAAUAAUAAUAAUAAUAAUGCUACAUCAGCUGCUACACUACAGCCUCUCAAACUACGCCCUCUUCCUGAUUAUGCUACUAACUACACAUUUAACCCUCAGCUUCCCCCCAGAUCCCUCUCCGCCUCCAAGAAAUUCGAGGGCUCAUCGGAGCUAGUCAACCUCCGCUAUCACAUGGGCCCCGUUCUCUCCUCCCCGAUCAACAUCUACCUCAUCUGGUACGGAAAAUGGGCCCCCUCCCAGCAGCUCCUUAUCAAAGACUUCCUCCUCUCCAUAUCCACCUUCAAUCACCGGGCCGCCCCCUCCCCAUCCGUCUCCGAGUGGUGGAAAACCGUCUCCCUCUACACAGAUCAGACCGGCGCCAACAUCUCACGCUCCAUCCUCAUUGCCGGCGAGUACUCGGAUCGUCUCUACUCCCAUGGUUCCCACCUCACCCGCCUCUCCAUCCAGGAAGUCAUUGCUACAGCCGUCAAAUCCAAGCCCUUCCCUGUGGACCACAAGAACGGAAUCUACCUAGUGCUCACCGCAACCGACGUGACCGUACAGGAUUUCUGCCGUGCAGUGUGCGGAUUUCACUACUUCACGUUUGCAUCGAUGGUGGGUUACACAUUGCCGUAUGCCUGGGUGGGGAAUUCAGGGAAACAGUGCCCGGAGGUGUGCGCGUAUCCAUUUGCGGUGCCGGGAUACAUGGGAGGAGGUGGGCCAGGAGCGCUGAGGCCACCGAACGGUGAUGUAGGGGUUGAUGGGAUGAUAAGUGUAAUAGGGCAUGAGCUGGCGGAGCUGUCGUCGAAUCCGCUGGUGAACGCGUGGUACGCGGGAGAAGAUCCGACAGCGCCGACGGAGAUAGGGGAUUUGUGUGAAGGGUUGUAUGGGACGGGGGGUGGAGGAGGGUAUAUAGGGGAGGUGAUGAGGGACGGUGGAGGGAGGACAUACAACUUGAACGGGAGGAGGGGAAGGAAGUUUUUGGUGCAGUGGAUUUGGAGUCCGACGCUCAAAGCCUGUGCAGGUCCCAACGCUCUAGAUUAGACUACAUUAUUAAAUUACCCGCGCCUGUAACUCAAGUCAGCUGCCAGUGUAGUGGUGGUAGUAGUAACUCUACUCUCUCCCAGUUUUUAAUUUUCAUUAUAUUAUAUUGGAAUAUAUUCAUUUCUUGAUUGACGAUAGAAAUAUAACAGAAACGAAAGAAGGUUGCUAGUCUUAA